CCAUAGUCGCAUCUCGCUUUCUGAUCUGUUUUUCAUUUUCUCCAAAGUUUCAACCAAGAGAAAGCUAUGGAGCGAACGCUUGUGUUCACGUUGAUUUUUGGGUUGUUCGUCGUCUCGUGUGUGGCGGAGCUUCAACGCUUUGAACACACCGCGAAACCAGACGGGUCGCUAAGAUUCUUGGUGCUCGGAGACUGGGGAAGAAGAGGACUCUAUAACCAAUCUCUAGUUGCUCUUCAGAUGGGAGUAAUCGGAGAGAAAUUAGAUAUCGACUUCGUAAUCUCAACCGGAGAUAACUUUUACGAAAACGGAUUGACAGGCGUCGACGAUCCGGCAUUCCACGAAUCCUUCACUGAUAUAUAUACAGCUCCCAGCUUGCAAAAACAAUGGUACACUGUGUUGGGUAAUCAUGAUUACAGGGGAAACGUUGAGGCUCAAUUGAGCCCCAUCCUUAGAAAGAUGGAUGGCAGAUGGCUUUGUUUACGAUCUUUCAUCCUUAAUGCUGGACCUGAAAUGGCAGAAUUUUUCUUUGUAGACACUACACCAUUCGUGUCCAACUACUUCACUGAUUCAGAAGAACAUGUUUAUGACUGGAACGGCAUAUUACCCAGAAAGAAUUACCUCAACAAUCUCUUAACGGAAGUGGAAUCGGGUCUAAGAGAUUCGACUGCAAAGUGGAAGAUAGUAGUGGGACACCAUACAAUCAAAAGUGCUGGACAGCAUGGGAACACACAUGAGCUUGCCGUUCAUCUUCUUCCUUUUCUUCGGGCAUACGAUGUUGAUCUUUACAUCAAUGGGCAUGACCAUUGCUUACAGCAUAUAAGCAGCAUCGAGAGUGGGAUUCAAUUCAUGACAAGUGGAGGGGGGUCAAGGGCAUGGAGGGGAGAUGAUGGUACUUGGAAUAAUCCACAAGAAAUGAAACUCUAUCAUGAUGGACAAGGUUUCAUGUCGGUGGAGAUGACUCAGACAGAACUCCACAUUAAAUUCUAUGAUGUUUUUGGUGAUGUUCUGCACAAAUGGAGCACUUCCAAACAACUUUCUUUGGCUAUCUAAGCAACCAAAGGAAGAAAAUUUGUUAAUGUUGAUAAUAUUUAACUAUGUAUUUAAUUUUCCGGUAUUGAUGUUAAGAUACGAAUUUUAAAUCUGUUAAUUGGAUGUUAUUUUUUAAUUAAACUAAAUUUUUAUUUUGUUGUAAUUGAUUGUGAAAUUAAGAUUAUGUGGGUUGAUUUGCA